CUCUCGAUGGGCUGAGCCAAGGACUGCCACGGUCAGAAGACACGGAGCUGAGCGCCAUCCCAAACAAAGCUGAUGCUGGAGAUAAUCAACGCCACGGGGAUGCAGGGCUUCAACAAGUCUGAGCGGUGCCCCAGAGACACUCGGAUUACACAGCUGGUGUUCCCAGCCCUCUAUACUGUGAUCUUCUUGACUGGCAUCCUGCUGAACACCUUGGCCCUGCGGGUGUUCAUUCACAUCCCCAGCAAUUCCACCUUCAUUGUAUACCUCAAAAACACUCUGGUGGCCGACUUGAUAAUGGCACUCAUGCUUCCUUUCAAAAUCCUCUCUGACUCACACCUUGGACCCUGGCAGCUCAGAGCUUUUGUGUGUCGUUUCUCUUCCGUGAUCUUUUAUGAGACCAUGUAUGUGGGUAUCAUGAUGCUAGGGCUCAUCGCCUUUGACAGAUUCCUCAAGAUUAUCAGGCCUUUUGGGAAAACUUUGGCCAAAAAACCUAUUUUUGCAAAAAGAAUCUCAAUUUUCAUCUGGCUCCUGCUGUUCCUCAUCUCCCUACCAAAUAUGAUCCUAAACAAGAAGGAAGCAACACCUUCAUCCGUGAAAAAAUGUGCAUCCUUAAAGGGCCCUCUGGGGCUGACAUGGCAUCGAGUGGUAAAUUACACAUGCCAGUUUAUUUUCUGGACUGUUUUUGUUCUGAUGCUUCUGUUCUACGUGGUGAUUACGAAAAAAGUAUACAAUUCUUAUAAAAAGUUCAAAAGUAGGGAGAGCAAAAGCAAAAGGCUGGAGGGGAGAGUAUUUAUUGUCAUGGCCGUCUUCUUUCUGUGCUUUGCCCCGUUUCAUUUUGUCAAAGUUCCAUACACUCGCAGUCAAACUAACAGUACAACCAACUGCAGACUGGAAAAUCAACUGUUUAUUGCUAAGGAAAUAACUCUGUUUUUGGCAACAACUAACAUUUGUAUGGACCCUUUAAUAUACAUACUCUUAUGUAAAAAGUUCACAGAAAGGUUACCAUGUAUGAGAGGGAAAAGAGCCACAGCACCGGGCCAAGAUCACCACAGCAGUCAGACGGACAACAUCACCCUAGCCUGACAGCUUUCUCUACAGACUGAUUUUACACAUGGCUUAACGUCUAUUUAUCAGGAGUGAGAGUUCAAGAGAUCGUUUACUUGGAAAUUCAGUUUAAGCCAUAAAGGAAAAAUACUAGAACAAAUGUUUUCCUACAUUUUAUUAUCCUAGCGUACAGAAAAAAAUUAUACAUGUUCUCACCACAUAGAUGUAUUUAUAAGCAGAAUGAACUAAUAGUUAGAGAAUGCAACAGAAAGCAAAAUGGCCACCAGAGGUCAUCUUUCCAAGAGCAUUCACUUAAUUGGAAAAGAUUAACUCCCUCCCCCUUUUAUAUUUGUUUUCAUUGAAUUUUUGUGUAUUUUAUACAGAAUAUCUCAAAGAAUCUUAAUCAUCUUCAUAGCCUCGUGCCCACUGGCAUGCUCCCACAGCCCCCCACUGGAACCCAGAUACUCUGUGAUCCAUAUUAAGGCCCAACGUGUCAAGUCAGUGUCCCCAGAUGUUCCCCUGUGCAAGUCCACCCAUUGAGG